AUGGCUCCAGAGCGUCAGAAAGCCAAAGGGACGUCAAGAACGCGAUCUAAGUCCAAGAGUUGCAAGGGAAGAGGUGUUUCUUCCUCCCGCUCGUCCGCGUCCGGCUUCUGUGCAACCCGACCUCAAGACACCAUCCUGCGAUACCUACAGUCAAGUUCGCCUCUACCCGUAGCUUCCGAAAGAAGAACGUCUCCAAGAGAAGCAAGCUCUGGCACGCUACGUUCGGAUUUCUCCUCUGCCACCAGCAACACCGAAGGCCUCGUCGCAGCAGGCACUGCGUUCCCCGAGCCAUUAUCAUCAUCAUCUGUAAGGUAG